CGGAGAAAAACGACGAGGUGCUUUGUCUUCUAGGUGGCAGUCGCGGCAAGAUAUUGCAGCUUAGAUUCGUAGUAGACCUGCUGGUACUUCUCGAGCUGGCUACGGCAGGCUUUGGAUCUCAUUGUAUCCGAUAUCGUGUCUAGAAUAGAACAGUGGUGUGAAACAAGAAUUGAAUCCAAUUACAUUGCUUUGGAGUACAAAAUAUUGUAGCUGUCGAGGCUGAUUGCUCGGCUGUGAAGCCCGAACAAGUGCGGUAGCAGAAACUUGAGCCCAUAAAUAGUACUUUAACAAAAUUCGGGAUAUCCGUAAUGUAUAGCUUCUAUGAAAUUGUUAAGGAAAAAGCUUUGUAGACGAUUGUUUUGUGGACUUGCUAGUGAAUGCGUAAAUUUGACGAAACGUCUAGUGAUAAGAGGACGAAUUCGGCAUUGCAAAGAGUGACCGACCGGCGAACUGUUAUUUGAUUAUAUCUGUGACAGAGUGGUUACUAUGGAGAUAAACAGGACUUCGUAGCAGAGAAUGAAGUCGUCCCUAUCGACUUCUCGCUAGUUAGCGACGACCUGCCUCGUUUGGUUCGCCGCACAUAUCACCUCUACGCAGCGUAUCGAAUUAUGGAUCCAAUACCAAAUUACAGAUCUCGUAAUAGCAAGAGGUAACGUACUCGAUCACCGUCGUUAUAAUUGAGCUCACAAGACGAAGACAACAGUGAUAUCGAGACAUAUGCUAAACGGAUAAGGAAAAUGUGCAACAGCAGUAAUUUCGGGGAAGAUGAUAGUAGCGAAGAGUCAAACGGGCCUGUAGUACUCGAUACCUUUGGAGGUGAAAGUCUGUCUUUUGAAAGAAAAAACGCUACAGUACGGGGUCUAUUUCAGCCAGAGGUGGAUUGCAUUGCAGAUUUCUCGGAAGGGACAGAUGACGUUUUUUUUGGCAGUGAUUUCGGCAAUAACGAAAAUCAUGAUCUCAUAACGGAGCAACAGAAAGAUGUGAUACUUGAGAGUCUUAUGAGAGAUUUGAGUAAUGUUGGCACCCGGUUGGAGACGCGACACAAAACAUACAGUAGCGACUGUAAAGUCGCAGACCAAGUCUGUGUUAACACAGGGAAUUUUCUCGCUGGCAAUCCAGAAAAGGAGGAACGGCAAACUAAAAAUAACAUGACGGUGCCAUUAGAUAAUUUCUGUAAAAAUCUCGAAGCUGGAAUUGUUACUAACGAUUUGCGACGUCCGUUGUUACCCGAGGAACAGCUCGCAAGAGUGGCGGUAAAUGAUCCCUUGAAGCUCAGUGCCCAGGGUUCAGAUGUGGAUCCGAAAUUUUCGAAAUCGCCAAUCAUUGAAGUUUCGUUAUUAGGCCAAAGCCUUGAACAACGACGAGCCUCGAAAGAUGAACUGUCAAGUUCGACCGGAGACCAGCUGUGCGUGGUGAAAACACAUCGAAAAUCACGAUUAACUGCAGAUCGCGCGCUGGCCCUUGUCGGCGACGAAGUGCGUUUGCAGCGGACAACUCGACGGGACUUGCUGAAACGUAAUGCCAGUAGCUUUGCUGAGUUGGAUGGUGGACUCACGUGUUUCGUUCUGGUUGAGAGGCUGGAAGACGUAGUAGCGAAAAUGAAGCGGAAGGCUCGGGCAUCGCCUACAAAAAAUAAACCACUGAAGGACAGUGGCGAGAACAGUUCCACCAACAACACCUCGAAUAGGAAUAACGACAAUAAUGAAGAACUUGAUAUCUUCAACGGCAGAAUCGUCAUUAAUAAUAAUAAUGGUAGUAACAGCAAGAACACCACUAGACACGAUAGCCACAGCCAUGCUAAUUGUGACGAAGGGGACAAUCUGGAGUCGCGAGAACAAAAGCCUUCCAUGUCAGAAAUUCAAGAGUUUGCUAUUCUUCGCCAGCAGGAACCGCAGGCGAGGAUCUGGGCAAACCAUCUUGGCGCUGGAAUUCAGACUCGUUCCUCAAAGUCGAAUAUAGGCAAGAAAGAGCACAAUGUAAACGGUUUCCCGUUGUUGCCAGAAGCCUUAUGUCAGACAAAUGUUGAUUCAGGUGAUCCCGUAUUUCACUCAGAGGACGACGGCGAUCCUCGAUCGUUUGCAGAUCUGUUCGGGAAUUCAUCCAGAACCCCACAAACAACUGGUCAGGACCAGCGAUCCAGUCGUCCUGAUGUUUUAGUGUCAUCGCUUGCGUGCACUUUUAUGAGCGUGGCGUCAACAAUUCUCAGUACGAGAAAAAGGUUAGAGACGUCUUCAACACCUUGUCGAUGCUCAGGACGUAUGUUGUCGAGAGAUUCUGGCUUUGUCGACAGCGAGGAUAGCCGUGCGUCUAUUAUAGAUAGCAAUAGCAGGCUGGACGAUUACUGGAUACGGCGACGGAAGCACUGGGAGGUAACUGAUAUACGGGAGGAAGUCCGCGAACUCCUUGGUUUCAUUCCAGAUGAUUCGCCACCGCCAGUGCUAGCACCGGUGCAUAUUCCGUCCGGUGCACAGAAGGUUGUUACUCAAAUAAACCUUGGCACAAAGCGCAGAGCUUCAAAAACAUUAAAAAAAGCCGUGACACCUUCAGUAAUUACUACUGGCAAAUGUAACCAUAUGCCUAAAUCAAAACGCGCGAGGACCUUGCCGGCUGCACUCGAUGAGGGUAACCUGUGGCAAAACAGGAAAAAAUCGAAUGUAACUGUGAGCAAACGCAGUGGCCGAAGUAUUCGUCCAGCAGAGCGUAUGGAUAUGUAAAUGUGUAUUUCCAACGUGUUUGGAAAAUGCUAAACGUUAUUUCUUUUUGAAUACGCAAAGACUCGAUGCAAUGGUAUAUGUAAGUAAAUGUUACAUUAUUAUAGAUAGAAAUAGAAAACAAUAAAACCGUAAACAUUGAAGCAAAAAGGAACAUGAGCUAGGGCUACGCACAAUUAUACUGCCUAAUUAUAAACGUCAGCAACUGCAAAGAAAGAAGGAACAAGUACUUCCGCUUUUAUAUACGACUAAAGGUUCAGCGAUUCAGUGCUCAUAAAGCCUGGAGCCCAGUGUCAAAAGGUGGAUCAAUGAACGCUCUGUAUAAAUAAUACCACUCCGUAUAGCGUAUCACUCGUAUACGAUGCAUAAAGUAAAGCAAGGUGUUGGCACAUAAGUUGAUAUCUAUAUAUGUUAUGUGUGUAGAAAAAAAUAAACCGUAUUUGUGAGAAAAUAUAUUUUAUA